CUGACCAAGAGAGGGCGCGCUACCAAAAUUAUAACAGUCAUAAGAUGAUGAUGAUCGAGCGGGGAAGAACCUGAUCUUUCAACUUCCAGUUCCAUGCUGAUGUUUCAAUAUUUGAAGUCUCCAUCUCACAUGACAAUGAUCACUCAAGAUCCGGUUUUUGAAGUUGUUCUACCAGUACCAUCAGGAUAAACCCAACCUAGUCGCUUCCACCAGAUGAUCCAACCUUAAGCAUUCUGGUGCUCAUCCACAUCCCUGGUACCCAGCAGCCAUGGGGCAGUCGUGCUGCAAGAGAAAGCCAGAGACAGACGGCACGGGUGUCAACAUACCCACCGUACCUACCUGGAAGGCAGUAGGGUCUCUAGUUCUCAUCUUUGCCGUCUAUAUCGGCGUGCAGGUGGUGGGCCAGGCCUACCCUGUUCUUAUUCCUUCGGGUAUGAGAUGUUACCAGAAUUAUACCUACGUCUGUCAAGAAAACAGGUCCAUAUAUGUCCCCCCUGCCUCGCCACAGAGUGAAUGCCAUGCUACCACGGGAUGUAUUGAGUUCAGUGAUGCUUUGCAAGGCAUACUGACUGGCCUGACGUUCACCUCUGUGUACUUCAUAGCUGGUAUUCCGUUGGCCAAGGCAGCUAGUACAGGAUCCCGUGUAUUGGUGCUAGCAGUAGGGCAGAUAUUCCUGGUAGGAAUGUCUGUGGUGACUGCAGUCAGCGAUCGCUUCCUUGUGCUCUGGCUGGCUAGGUUGGGUGUCGGAUUCGGGGAGGCAGCAUGUAGCCCAGCCGCUUAUUCCCUCAUCUCGGAUUACUUUCUUACCAUGAAUCGUGCCAAGGCCUUGUCUUUCUACUACUUUGCCACCAAUAUUGGAGUGGCCAUUGCUUACCUGCUGGGUGUGGUCAAUGCCUACCUGUGUUGGCGCUGGGUCUUCUACUGCCUUGCAAUCGCCGGUGGCGUGCUCUUCCUACUCAUCCUGAUCUUCCUUCGAGAGCCGCUUCACGACUCCUGCGAUUGGUUGCUGAAUAGUCGAAGCACGUACACCUUGAAGGAAACUAUGCAGCAACUCAUCAGUAACAAACCCUAUGUAGUCUUGUGUUCGGCCACCUCUGCCCGAUACAUCUCGACAUACACGCUGUGGGCCUGGCUACCCACCUUCUACGCCAAGGUCUGGCACCUCCCCUCCGAGAAGUUUGGUGUGAAUGUCGCCCUCGUGGUUGUGUGUGGGGGAGGUGCAGGCUGUCUCAUUGGGGGAGUCUUAGCCAAUAGGAUAUCCAGACGAAGGAAACAGUACAAGGCUUACUUGAUAGCAGCCAGCCAGCUUGCCGCGGCGCCGUUCAUUGUAGCGACGUUGUUGGUGCGUUCUCCAGCGUGUUCCUUCGGCCUGCUGUUCCUUGCCUGUCUAACUGCCGAGAUUGCCCCGGGACCUGCUGCAAGUACUGUCCAGGAUUUAUUUGCCACAAAUCUGAGGUCGCAAGCAUUAGCUGUAUACAUUGCCGUCGGUAACAUCCUAGGUGGUGCAGUCGGCCCGAUAUUGAUUCCAGGCAUCAUGUCGUUUCAUCUGUGCUGGCAUGAUUGGGACCGGGGACUAGGCACAGCCUUAGCCAUAGUCGUGCCAGUCUUCUACCUACUGGCUGCCAUCCUGUACACCCUGACUGCUUACCUGAUGCCUAGCGCGCCUAGCCUGAGCGAGGAGACGAUCUACUUGAAGUAUGAGACUAGCGAGGUUGAUCCUGGGAGCGACGAUGAAAGAGAGACGUUCUUCUACGGUUCGCAGUCUUGCUGACAACCUUGCAAGACACUAAGAGGUGUAUUUUGCCCACGGUGGGUGUGAAACAUGCCGUGGGCUUGAGCUGCUUAUGUUGGAUGGUGGGUGGGUGGGUUGGUGGACACUUAACUCAACCAUUUAUUGUAUACAUGCAACUGGAGUAUUACAGCUUUGCAUUCGAAGACGGGUUUUGAAAAUGCUGAUUCGUAUGUGUCUAAUUAGCAUAUUUUGGCAUAUUAGAUCACGCCCAUAGAGUUAUAUUAAAUUACUAGAACGCUAACUCCUCAUUCUUGCGCACAGAGACACUUUGAAACCGCUCUGGGUGCAGACAUUUUGAAUUUAU